GAUACUUGACAGGAAGUUGUACUAUGCAGAUCUGUGCCUCAUAUGCUGAAAUGAAAGGAAAACCCGGAGUUAACGCUUCAAUAUUAAUCUGUUUGAAUCUGCUUUUUUCCACCCGCCGUGUCUUUUCUCCGCUUGUGGAAUGAGUGAAGGAGUUUAGGAUAAGUACAGGUCUAUAACAGCUGCUAUGCAAAAGUCUUGUCAGGACCUGUAUUGCAAGAGAGGGGGGAAGGCAAGGUGUUGUGAAUGUAACUCUGUUCUUUCUCACUGGUACCAUGAAAGAGACGGACAGAUCUUCUGUAAGAAACAUUACUGGUCACGAUUUGGAGAGCAGUGUCAUGGCUGUUCAGAGCCUAUCACUACUGGUCUUAUUAUGGUGGCUGGGAAGCAGAAAUAUCAUCCAGAGUGUUUCCUCUGUAAAAGCUGCAACGUGUUUAUUGGCGACGGCGAUUCUUUCACUUUAAUGGAUUUUACACAUUUAUACUGUGGACAGUGUUAUUAUCAAAAGACAUCAGUGCAGAAUUCUGGGGCAAAAUGUUCAAGGCUUCCUCAUAUGGUGACAUCGAUCUCAUUUCCUCCCUUGGCAGAAAGCAGACGAGGUUUAACUUUUGCUGUGAAACAAAGUCUUGUCGAUGACGCAAGCCCUGUGAUCAGAGUUUCUCAAUUGGACCUGGAUAGCAUGACUCCUGAAGUGAAGCCUUUGAUCCAUGUUGGAGACAGGAUUCUUGAAAUCAAUGGGAUCUCUGUUCAAAACAUUCCACUGGAUGAGUUGGAUCUGUUGAUUCAUGACACAGAGCACUGGCUGCAAAUCACCAUUGAACAUGACCCUAAAGAUCUCACAAAUCACGAGGACCUACUGGGAGAAGAACUGGACCAGCCUGGAUCCUUGGGUUUUUUUCCUCUUCCCAACAGACGAACAGGAAUUCGUUCCAAAAAUAUUCUGCGCAGCUGCAGUAUUGACAAAGCUCCAUGUUCACAGCGACACUUAACACUUCUUUCUCAAAGAAGAGACAUUAAUCGGUCAGAGUCUCUGCGUUUUGACGCAAUGGACAAAACACAACGCAUUUUCCGUCCAUCUGAUCUAUUAUAUGGUGAAGUCCUGGGGAAAGGCUGUUUUGGACAAGCUAUCAAGGUGACACAUGUGGAAACAGGUGAGGUGAUGGUGAUAAAGGAACUUCUUCAGUUUGAUGAAGAGACACAGAAGACAUUCCUCAAAGAGGUCAAAGUGAUGAGAUGCCUCGAACAUCCAAAUGUCUUAAAGUUUAUCGGCAUUCUUUACAAAGACAAGCGGCUUAACCUGAUCUCUGAGUAUGUGCAGGGAGGGACCUUGAGGGAUACCAUACAGAAAAUGGACAAGGACUACCCAUGGAAACUGAGAGUGAGCUAUGCCAAGGACAUAUCUGCUGGAAUGGCCUACCUGCAUUCAAUGAAUGUCAUCCACCGGGAUCUAAACUCACACAACUGCUUUGUCAGAGAGAACCAAUCAGUGGUGGUUGCAGACUUCGGUUUGGCCCAGCUUGUGAAGGAAGAUAAGAAUGUCUCACCUGGUCAAAUGCCUAAAAUAAACAAGCUGGGUCGUAAAAAGCGGUAUACUGUAGUGGGCAACCCAUACUGGAUGGCACCAGAAAUGAUCAACGGAAAAGUCUAUGAUGAGCACGUUGACAUUUUCUCAUUUGGGAUUCUGCUAUGUGAGAUUAUCGGCAGGGUUUACGCUGAUCCAGAUGACCUACCCCGUACUCAGGAGUUUGGAUUAAAUGUGAAGGAAUUUCUGGAGCGCUGCUGGUCCAAAGACUGUCCUGCGGCGUUCUUUCCCAUUGCAGUUUUGUGCUGUGCCUUGGAGGCUGAGAAACGGCCCACUUUUGCGAAAUUAGAGGAGUGGCUGGAGAACCUGUUAAUGCAUUUGGAAAUUGGACUUCCUCUUAUGUCGGAAGUGGAUAAAAUUUGCCAGUCAUUUUGGGAGAACAAUGGCCAAUCCAAACAAACUUAUGGGAUUCCAACCAAACAACUGCGAACUCUGUGUUUGGCAGAAGCUGAGGUUGGAUGUGCUUACAGUAAAGCAGACAAAAGUACAUUAUUCAUGUAAUGAUCUUCAUGUUGGAUUUCUCAGACUGUUACUCACAGUGGACCCCAAAAAGGAUACUUGGGCCACAGCUGAAAAAGUAUGAAUUUUAUUGCAUUAGAUAACAACAUGUGCGAACAUCUGCAAACAAAUAUAAGACCCUUAUUUAUUUUUUGCCAUUAUAGUUGGUGGAUGUAUGAAGUUAAAGGGGCCAUGGUAUGAAAAUCAGACUUUUUCCAUGUUUAAAGGGGGUCGUUCACCGGCCGCGCAGCUCAGCGUCGCGCCGCGUCUAGGAAAACUCGUAUGUAUCGUAAAUCGGAAGUGCACAUUAAAUAGCGCGAGCUUCGUCAGAUAGCGUCUACUUCAAAAUGCAAAAUAUACGUUAGCAGCCAAUGUUAAUCGUUAAUGAUUUGGGACAAAUAUGAUGUUAUUUCAUAUUAAACUUUGUAAGUGGCGCUCUGUGGUGCGACAGGGAUUUGAGCAACUUCCUGAGUCGUAGCUGGGCGGCGCGGACAGGCGCCACCUGUCGGCGCCGGUGUGCGUAUACUCAUAGAAAGCAAUGUGUUUGAGUUUUUUAGAACGGCGUGGCGUGGCGCUGAGCUGCGCGUCCUGUGUGCGACCCCCUUCAGUGCUAUAAUUGGGUCCCCAGUGCUUCUAUCAACCUAGAAAAUGUGAAAAAGAUCAACCCAGUAACUUAGUUUUGAUAAACCAUUCUCUGCAAGCAUGUGAAACAUUAGGUUAUUGAAAUUUGGCUCUCCUUAUGAUGUCAUAAGGAGAUCUUAUUAUAAUAAUACCGCCCCUUAAUCUGCACUAUUCAACCACGGCACAGCCAUUUAGUGCAGAA